AUGACUUUCUCGAUUUUCAAUCCAACAGAGCUCGAGCUAAGCCUUCAACUGAGCUACUUGAAGACAAGUGACACCCAGGGAUCCACUUUGGAUGCUGGAAGCAUCACUGCAGAUUUUCAAGAGAGUUACUUGGAAAAGUCCCAAGAGUUUGCGAAUGAGUCGUUGGUGGAAAGCGACGAUGGGGACACGGACGAGUCGUUUACAAGCCCAAUGAAAUCAGAAGUCGUGAGAGAAGAGUCGAGAGCGAUGGACCCAGUACCAGAAGAAGGGCAGCAGCAGCAGCAGAGUCAUCAAAUCUCAGCGACCUUUGUGAAAUCGUACGUAUCACUAAUCAGCUCGUCGGGAACCUACAAACAAAGUCCCGUGUCACCUUCGAGGAUUGAGGAACGCCUCUUCUCAUUGGACGGGAUCUUCAAAAACAAGACGUUCCUGCAAAGUGACGAAGGUCCAGUCAGCUCUGACAUUGCAAGCCCCAGCGCAAAAGUGCAACUGUUCAAGUCCGACCAGGAUGCGAGAGAUCAAAAACACCGAGCUCCCAGCGAGAAGUCACAUCGCGUGCCCAACAUGGCACUCUACAACCUACAGCCCUCCAUGAAUAUCGGGCUGUCAGUCAACGACGCGGGGCAGAACCUCCCGCUCUUGCGAGCCAUUCAGCACCUCAACGAGCUCAAGAGAUCCAACGACGGUCAGCCCGUUGGGUCGGGCAGCUGGGCAAAGUACAACUACUCGAGUCACCGGGAUCGAAACCUGCUCCACCCAGUCAUGCCAGUCCCUCAAGUGGCGUACAGAAUCCAAGGCCCGGCGAAUGGGAAGUUCUACCUUCCAGAGAUCGGGGUCGUGCUCGAGAGGUCGGCGAUCGGGGAGUUCAUCAUAUCCGGAGUUGUUGCCGGAGGGCCAGCUAGCUUGCAAGGGGUUCUCAAGUCUGGUGAUAUCAUCUGCGCUAUCGAGCGACAGAUGCUCCAGGUGUUCUUCACUAUGAUGGAUAUCCGAGACAUGAUCAACUCCAUCCCCGGAUACCUCGUCCAGAUCGUGUUUGCAAGGAACGUGUUCACACCCUAUGGUAUCAUCAGGAAGCAUUUCCACACCUUUGCUCAACGGCAAGUGACAUACCGGCUCGAGUUCGCGUGA